ACAAAGAACCUUCCCCUGCCGUUUUCCUCCUCUCUCUCCUCUGUACAUUUCUUUCUUGUUUUUCCCAUUUUCUAACACCGGGCCGGACAAGUCGUCAUUCCAAACCUCAUUGGCACUCUGACCAAACCCGUUUCCUCACCUCUCUCUCUCUAGAAUUCCUCACCUCUCUCUCUCUCUCCCCUUUUAUUAAUUCUCAAACCCCAGUUUUCAAUUCCUUCUCCUCUAAGCUUUUCCUCAACUCCCACUGCAUUUCAUCACAUCAUAUAUAACUUUUUGCUCUCUCUCUAAAAUUGUUUCUGCUCUGAAAGUCGUCGCCCAUGGCCGGCCGUUUCGAUCGCAACCCCUUUGAUGAAGAACAGGAAGUUAACCCCUUUGCUGACCAAGUAGCUAGGGGAAAAGCAUCGGGGCAGUCCAACUAUGGCGGAGGUGCAUUUAAUCCAACCUCGAGGCUUUCCCCACUUCCUCCUGAACCUGCAGGUUUCAACUAUGACCGGGAUGCCCCAAUUGAUAUUCCUCUUGACACAAGUACGGAUUUGAAAAAGAAAGAGAGGGAGCUUCGAGCUAAGGAGAUUGAACUUACCAGGAGGGAACAGGACGUAAAACGGAGAGAAGAUGCUCUAGCACGAGCUGGUGGUAUUGUUCUUGAGGACAAAAAUUGGCCACCUUUUCUCCCAAUCAUCCAUAAUGAUAUCGCAAAUGAUGUACCAGAUCAUCUACAAAGAUUGGCUUAUGUUGCAUUUUCAACGUGGUUGGGAUUGUGUCUAUGUCUUUUGUGGAAUGUCAUAGCUGUUAGCGCGGCAUGGGUUAAGGGUGAAGGUCCAACAAUUUGGUUUCUUGCUGUCAUAUACUUCAUAGCAGGGUGUCCACUGGCAUUUCUGUUAUGGUAUCGUCCACUCUAUCGUGCAUUUAGGACUGAAAGUGCUAUGAAGUUUGGGUGGUUUUUCCUUUUCUACUUGCUUCACCUUGGUUUCUGCAUUUUUGCUGCUGUUGCACCUCCUAUUGUUUUCAAAGGGAAAUCCCUUACUGGGAUCCUUCCUGCAAUCAAUGUCAUCGGCGAUAGUGCUAUAGUUGGGAUAUUGUACUUUGUUGGAUUCGGAUUAUUCUGCCUUGAAGCAGUGAUCAGCGUCUAUGUUAUUCAGCAAGUAUAUAUGUAUUUCCGCGGCACUGGGAAAGAAGCGGAGAUGAAGCGGCAGGCUGCAAGAGGGGCCAUAAGAGCAGCAAUAUCAUAGAGGUCCAACUCAGACCUUGUUUAAUCGCGAUCUUGGACCAGAUGACGUUGGCCACUAAAAGAGCAGAUAGAGAAAUCAGACGCUACUGUAAGGAAUUCGUUACGCUUUUUCCCAUUGUUUGUGUACUUUUGUUUUACAUUGUUUAUUACUUGGGGACAAAUUAUAGAUUUAGAUGAGCAUAUGUUUUUUAUUUAUCUACUUUAAGAGAUUGUGUCCUCUGUAAAUCUGCUCUGUCACGUUGGGUGUGUUUAUUCUUCUUUGGGCUUUUCUUGCCUUCCUGACUUAUGUCUGGUAAAUUUUCUGCAAAUCUGUAAACAAAGAAUGAAUCUUAAUCUGCGUACCAUGUAUUUUUUUUAUGUCAAUCACGUUAACCGUCA